CUAUAACCCCCUGCUCUCUGGAUCCUGCAGAGCAGUUAAGACGCAGGACUUUGGCUUCUCUUCAGACCCAAACCCGCUGGACCUAAUACACGUCUCUGCUGGUGUCCCUGUCUUGGUCCGGCAUGGUUCUUCUCACCCACGUUCUGGCGUGCCUGUUCGGCAUGGGCUCCUGGGUGUCCAUCAAUGGGCUGUGGGUUGAGCUCCCCCUGCUGGUCCCUCAGAUCCCCGAGGGCUGGUACCUGCCCUCCUACCUGUCCGUCAUCAUCCAGAUGGCCAACGUGGGGCCGCUGUUCGUCACCCUCAUGCACCGCUUCCGCCCCGGCCUGCUCAGCGAGACCCUGGUCAUCUACCUGAUCUUGGGGCUGGGCGCGGUGGCCAGCUUCCUGCUGGUGUUCUUCUGGACGGAGGUGACGGUGGUGGGCGGGGUCCCUCGCAGCGUGGCCCUCCUGAUCCUCACCUUCUUCCUGUCCCUGGUGGACUGCACCUCCUCCGUCACCUUCCUGCCCUUCAUGAUGCGCUUCCCCUCUCAGUACCUCACCACCUACUAUGUGGGGGAGGGCAUGAGUGGGUUGCUCCCUGCCCUGGUGGCUCUGGUCCAGGGGGUCGGAGUGCUACACUGUGUCAACAGCACACAGGCCUUCAACCAGACCCUCACCGGUUCCCUCAGGGCUGGCGUCCAGCUCCAGACACUCCAGGCUCAGUAUCAGCCGGCACACUUCUCAACGGAUGUCUUCUUUGGCUUCCUGAGCGCCAUGAUGAUGGUGUGCCUUGUGGCUUUCCUCCUGCUGAACUACCACCCUGCUGUGACCCGAGAGCGCUCCAAACCCCGCUACCCCAGGCCUGGGGGGGUGGAGAAGAGAGACACAGCACUCGGCCAGACAAGCCGGACUGAGCAAAAGCCCAUGAUCAGCCCCAGUUUGAAGCCAAAGAGCAGCUUUGGUACCGGGCUGUACAGCUGGAUGCAGGUGGUGUACAUAUUCAUCCUCCUGGCCUGGGUCAAUGCCCUGACUAACGUAGUGCUGCCCUCUGUGCAGUCCUACUCCUGCCUGCCCUACGGGAACAGAGCCUACCACAUGGCAGCCAGUAUGGCUGCUAUGGCCAACCCUCUGGCCUGCUUCCUUGCUAUGUUCUUCCCCUUAAGAUCCCUGUUGCUGAUGGGUGUCCUCACCACCCUGGGCAGUGGAGUCGGUGGUUACAUCCUGGCCAUGGCUGUGCUGAGCCCCUGCCCUCUGCUGCUGGACGGCCCCCUGGGAGCCAGCCUCAUGGUUGGUGCCUGGACCAUCUUUAUACUCAGUUUGUCAUAUGUGAAGGUGAUCAUUGCAGUGAUCCUGCGAGACGAAGGUCACAGCGCCCUUGUGUGGUGUGGAGCAGUAGUGCAGCUGGGGUCGUUCAUAGGGGCCAUUGUCAUGUUCCCAUUGGUCAGCGUGUAUGAUUUCUUUGCAUCUGGGGACCCUUGUAACCUAAACUGCCUUUGAUUAAAGUUCAAUUUAAUGUUAUUUUUCUAUUAAUACGCGAGUGAAUCCCUUUCAAAGUUUCACUGGAGACUCGAUAGACUUGGAAGGAAAGAUUAGCUCAUGACAACAGUGACAACCACGUUAUCAAGGUUUGAUGAAAAGGACAAGAGACUGAUCACUAUUUGUUCUCAACAGACAUUCUUCUUUUUUGAUGAUUAGCAUGAAGGCGUUUUGAACAGUAGAAUUAUAAAAAUUUGCUAUCAUGGGCUCUUCUUUCUCAUUAAACACAGACACAAACAUCUGUACAUUGUCAUUGCAGUAAUAAUUUUUCAGUUGUUUUGCUUGUUAUUGUUUAGUCAUGUUACCAUCAUGAAAAGUGAGCUAAUCAUUGUUUAUGACUACUGCAGGUUUUAAUACCAGAAAAUAUCCUAAUGAAAAUGUUUUGAUAUCAGAAUUAGUUUUUAUUACAUUUGCAUGUAAUUUAAGUGUGUAAAAAUAUAAUAACAAAAGCCAUUGUUU